AUGAAGCCUUUCGCCAUCACCACGGCGCUCUUUAGCUUCAUAUCUGUCGCGCUCGCUGGCGCAACUACAGACUCCAAGACAUCAAAGGUCAUCCUGCCCGUCGACUUCAAGCCUCCACAGGUUUUCAAGAACGCCAAUUUGGUGCAUGUCAUCUCUCUAGAGAAGACCUACGUAAAGGAACAGAUCAAUGUCCUCGUCGAGAACGUUGCAAAGGAGCCGCAGACAGAGUACUAUGUGCCAUUUACUACCGAACAGCUUCCUCGUAUAGGAGGUUUCGAGGUUAAGGAUCGUAAGGAUGCGAACGCCGGACCGUUCGUGGCCGAAAUUGUCGAGUACGAUCCUCUCAGUGAUGUUCAGUACUAUCGUAUCCGACUGCCCACGCCGCUCAAGCCUGGUGCUCAACAAACACUCGGAAUCACCUACUAUUACCUGAAAGCCUACACUCCUCUCCCCGUAGCCGUUUCCCAGGACGAUGACCAAUACCUGAGCUUCAACUUUUCCGUUUAUGCGCCAUCUGCCUACAUCACGAAGAAGCAGAAGACCGAGAUCAAGGCUGCUUCGGCCGAUGUCCCCGAUUAUACAAAACUUCCAGGCAGUGGCGAGGCCAAGGAGUUUCCUGUAAAGCAGGGCACCAAGCUCAUCUAUGGUCCCUUCGAUGAAAAGCCCGCCGGUGCUGUCUCCCCUGCAAACGUUCGCUUUCAGUUUACCAAACCGGUUAUUCAUGUCAAGGAGCUCGACCGUUUGAUUGAAGUCAGCCACUGGGGCGGUAACAUCGCCUUCGAGGAGCACUACGAGAUGUAUCACGGCGGUGCCAACCUUUCUGACAACUUCGAUCGAAUCAAAUAUUCUCAGCAUUCGUUGUACCGUCAGCAUGGGGUUGCAGGAGUUCGACCUUCGCAUUACCUCGACCAAUUGCGAAUUCCUCUUCCAGGCGGAAGCGUGGACGCCUACUAUACAGAUGUGAUCGGCAACGUCACAACGUCUACUUGGCGAACCGACAACCGAGACGCUCUUCUUGUUCUAAAGCCGCGAUACCCUCUUUUUGGUGGAUGGAGGUACCCUUUCACUAUUGGGUGGAACUCCGAUGCUUCUAACUUCCUGCGAAAGACCGUCACUGGUAGUUUCGUACUCCGGAUUCCUUUCAUCGAAGGCCCCAAGCAGCCAGAAGGCGUUGAGUAUGAGCACAUCAACGUCAAUGUUCUCCUUCCAGAAGGCGCCGAGAACGUCAAGUUUCACACCAACAUUCCCGAAUCAUCGAUCGUAUCUACCUCGGUUGAUCUGACCAGAACCUACCUCGAUACUGUCGGCAGAACAGCCGUCAGCAUCAAGGCGCGAAACCUGGUUGAUGAGUUCCGAGACCGCCAACUUAUCAUCUCUUACGAUGCGCCUCUCUCGAGCGCUCUUCGAAAACCUUUGGUCAUCUUUGCCAGUGCCAUGGUAGUAUUUGUCACUACCUGGGCAUUGGGCCAGGUGCAGUAUGUGUGGAGGGACUGUGUCUCCCAGUUGAGCCUGAGAUGGGUGGGCGAGACAGGCUCCGAAUGGCCACCCUGGCUGGGGACCCUCUCCUUGUCUGCGCCAGGUUCUGACAGCAUGGCUACGGCCAGUCUCACUCUCGCCGAACAAACCCUCAAACAACCACCAGGAUGUGUUUCGGCAGUGAACCCAAGUCCAGGACCAAGUACUACUAUCACGAAGAGAUUACACCUUCUAGACGAUACACAGGUCAUCAUCACCAUCACCAUCACCACCAUCACUCACGCUCUCCCCGAGCAAGCUACACCAGUGUCUCUAGACGGUCCUACAGCCACAGCCCACGAAACAGUGGCACUGUUGUCUAUGAGCGCUAUUGAUCGUCUGAAGGCACCAAUGCUGAAUUGUAUAGUAGUUAUCCUUCGUCAAGUCUUCAACAUGAAUCGUGCACUCUCCAUUCGAUCCAACAAAUCCAAGGGCAACUCUGGCACUGGUGCCGGAGCCAAGCGCCCAGGUUUCUCGUUCAACUCACUUCGCGGCCAGGUCCAACCUGAGCUGUCCCGUAAGCUCUUCCGCCUCAUCAAAUCGGAGAACAAUCUCAUCAGCGCCCAUGAGACCGCCGGCCGUGAGCGGGUUUCCAUCGCGACUCAGUUAUCCGAAUGGGGUGAGCAUACCGGAGAUGAGAGUAUUAGUGAUAUAUCGGAUAAAGUGGGAGUUAUCCUAAGCGAAAUGGGCGAGCAGGAGGACGCAUAUGCUCAUGCUCUUGACGAUUCUCGCGCCGAACUCAAGGCUAUUCGAAACACAGAGAAGAGCGUGCAACCUAGCCGCGAAAAAAAGGACAAGAUUGCCGACGAGAUCCAGAAACUGAAGUUAAAGGAGCCUGGCAGCACAAGGUUGCCUGUCCUCGAGCAGGAAUUGGUGAGAGCUGAGGCUGAGAACUUGGUGGCGGAGGCCCAAUUGACCAACACCACCCGACAAAAGCUCAAGGAAGCCUAUGUUGCUGAGUUCGCUGCAACCAUCGAGCGUGCCGAAAAGCAGAUCAUGCUAGCCAAACAUGGCCGCCGUCUGUUGGAGCUUCUCGAUGAUUCGCCUGUGGUCCCUGGCGAUACGCGAGUACCUUAUGAACACUCCUCCCUGGCACGCCAAAUCCUAAAUGAUGCUGAGGAUGACCUUCGAGGGUGGCGACCUGAGGCCGAGGGCUUUUCCACUCCAGUCCAAAGUCGAUCGCCAACCCUUGAGGGAAAUGGAAAGGAGCCUCUGGCUUCGGAAGGCAAUUUGUCUCCCGUCCAGUCUGAGGCAGCUACAGUUGAAUCCGGCACUUCUCCUUUGGAGCAACGGGGUACCAAGUCUUCUGUCUAUGCUGAGGUCGCUGGCUAA